AUGGAUGAAUCUCGGAACAGCUGUUCCACCUUUCAACUUCUUAGUUCAUUAGAGAUCCGGCUGAGUAGACCAUUUAUCCUUCAGCCCUAUGAAUUUGUCAAUAUCUCCGCUGUUAAAGGCAUACAGAAGAUCAACCAGCCAUUCUUUAUAUGUGCCUUCAAGGAUGCCAAGAUAUCAUGGAAAAAUUCAACAAAAGCGACAAUCCGACCCGACCCAUUCAUAUCGUUGGGAGUAAUUUUGUUUCAUGUACUGACAGAGACACUUGAUGAAGAAGCUUCGUGUUAUCCCAGCGUUAUAUCCUUAUUUGAUAUUUUUCAUUUACAGGAUCCUCGGAAUGCUUAUCAAUCUGAUAAACAUGCACGGACUAGAAGUCAAGGCGUUUUACAUGUGCUGCCUAAUAAACAGAUGGAACAGCCGACCCGAGGUUUACUAGCCAGUCAGUUACAGUGUUUGUCCUGUGGAGGCAGGUCUCCUGUCAAAUAUGAUGUCUUUGACAGCUUGACUCUGUCUUUUCCAAGAAAUUACUGGGGACCUUUGAGUCUGGACAGUUUACUGCACCAGUUUGUCAAUAUUGAGAAGAGAAUAUCAAUAUUGAAACUUCCCCAAGUUCUAUGUGUACACCCGCCUCGCGCACAGUGGCUGUAUACUGGGAUUCCAGUGAAGAGAUUCGACCAUGUGAAUUUCCCUGAAACACUUCACAUGGAUCCAUAUCUGUAUUGUAACCAAGGUGACAGCGCUAGCCGUUUGCUUGGUGGUGUGGAUAUCACAAUGCAAAUUGAGUUCAGUGACCUCAACCACAACGCCCCCCCCCCCCCCCCGGAGCUGUACAAAGUCGGGAGCUCAGACUUCUCCUACAAGCUGACCGCUGUGGUCUGCCACAUCGGGGACAGCCAGCUCGGACAUUUUGUGGCUUACCGCCGCGGCAUCCACAGUGGAGGUCAGUCUCUGAAAGGUGCGGGUGACCUAGGGUCCAAGUGGUGGUACACGUCAGACAGCACAGUGUCCAGUGGUGGUCAGUCUCUGAAAGGUGUGGGUGACCUAGGGUCCAAGUGGUGGUACACGGUCCAAGUGGUGGUACACGUCAGACAGCAAUUGUCCAGGGUGUCCCAGCAACAGGUUCUAUCUUCUGAGGCUUACAUGCUGUUUUACGCGCGCAUUUGA